AUGAUACAGUUACUGCAGACUCGUGGCGGAGGAUAGAACACCAGUCGCUCUGUUUGAAGUCAGUAAGAUGAAAUCUAUUUUCAUUUUCUUGUCCGUUUCAAUUCUUGAGUUGUUGGCCGUGAAGAGAAGUGCUGAAGCUUUUUGGCACAAGCAAAAUACCUCUCCAGUUUGUUUCGGCGCCAAGAACAACCAAUUUGGCAGUUUUACGGCUAAAACUGGUUCUAAAAGGCUGGCUGCCGUAAAGCUGGUUCACCUGUACGGUUAUGUCACGUGUAACACACGAAAAGUCUCCUAUUGGUCUUACUGGGGCUGUGGCUCGAAUGCCUUGGUACGGGAAUCGGUUAAUGUUGUCAUAACAACCUCGACUGACCAAAUCAUUUUGCCACCAAGCCAGCUCAUUGUACGUGAUAAUGCUAAGUGGUCCAAAAUUCCUACAUAUAACUCAUUAUCUCCAGAGUUGAUAUUGUCGUCUCUCAACCCCACUCCCGUUGCCUUGAACCAACAGUUACGCUUGUGGUAUGGCGAGGAUCUAAUGAACUCCACCGAAGGAGAUAAUGAUGGCACUGUAUGCGUUGAAGUUUAUGCACUUUUCGUCUGAGCUUUGGCCGAGAUGAAGUCGAUCAUAGCAACACUUUUCAUCAGUUUCUGGCUAAGGG